AUGCUCCCGCCAGCCCUCCUCGCGCUUCUAUUCACGCUUCUCCCACACGCGUCCACCGCCGACCACAAGGUACCGACUAGCAACGAGUCGCUACUAUGGGGCCCUUAUUGUCCGAAUCUGUAUCUGGGUCUGCGCGCCCGCAUGCCCAAAAGUCUCAUUGCGGGCGUCAUGUGGGGGAGACUGGAAGAUGUAGAGACGACACUCCGACAUGACGUGAACCAGAGCGACGGCAUGGCCAAGUACGGUUGGAUCUCAUACGAUACACGAGAAGGCGGCCGACAAAUGAUAGAAGACGUCGGAAACAAGAUAAACCUCAUAACCGAGUUCAUAAAGCACUCUGAAGGCCAGAGCCAAGGGAAUUGGGGUUUGCGCAUCAAGGGCAUGCCUAGGCCUGAUGCGCCCAAAGACCUCAAGACUACCGUGGUCUUCUACAUUGGCAUGGAGGCCAUGGAAGCCUGUGCCGACUGCAAGCUCGAGGCGCGUCAACAGUUUGAGGCCGACGAGAAGACGGUUCAAGCUGUGAACAUGAAUAUUGCGCAUCCGAAGUUGGGUAAUGCGGGUAUUCAUAUCCCUGUACCCAUCAAUGCAGACGAGAAACGUGAAAUAGCGUAUAUCAAGACGCUGAACGUUACGAAAGAUAGGUUGUGGCAGGGCAAAUCUGAUGAGCAUGUGCAAGAAGCCACCUUCUUGGAGUCGCUGAAAGACCAAACGAAAGACCGCACCGAGCCGGGACCAAAUGAUAUCGUACUGCGCAACGCUCCGGGCAACGGCAAUUUGCAGCUAGUGCAGAUGGUGUGCCAUGGGGAAUUCGAGUUCGACAUCCUGUACUCGAGUGAUACUGCGAAGCGAGCCAUGACCUCCGCCGGUCUUACCACCAGUCUAGAGGAAACCCUCGCAUCCUUUGCCAAGAACUUCGACGCAGUGUUCACCCCGAAGACCCCCUUCACCACCGUCAUGCACCGCGCCUUCUCUCGGAAUACUUUCUCCAAUCUGCUAGGUGGACUAGGCUACUUCACCGGCACUACCAAGGUCGACACGUCGAAGAAGGCCAUAUACGCUGAGACCACUGCAAACUUCUGGCAGAAGUCAGUCGACGCAAAGAAGCAUACAACGCCGGAGACGAAAGGCCCGUAUGAGCUUCUCACGCAUACGCCAUCUCGUGCAGCCUUCCCAAGGGGCUUCCUAUGGGAUGAAGGGUUCCAUCUUCUUCUUGUCAUCGAGUGGGAUGCUGAUCUCGCUCUCGAGGUGAUACGCGACUGGCUCUUAAACCUCAUGGAUGAUGACGGCUGGAUAGCAAGAGAGCAGAUUCUAGGCGCGGAAGCCGAGGGUGCCACGCCUGCUGAAUUCGUCACCCAAUUUCCACACAUUGCGAACCCGCCAACGAUGUUUCUGGUCAUCUCAAAGUUCAUCGAUAUUCUGAAAGGGACGACCAAGUAUCAUGGUCACGACUCCUUGUACCUUGACAAAGCUGAGACGGGGAAAGCUUUGGUGGCGAAGAUGUAUCCGUACCUCAAGAAGCACUAUGACUGGUUCCGGAAGUCGCAAUCUGGAGAUGUGGAGGUCCAUUCGAUUCCAUCGGCCAACUUAAAUGAGGGCUACCGAUGGCGUGGCCGGACACCAGGAACGAACCUUGCCAGCGGAUUGGAUGAUUACCCCCGAGCGGAGCCUCCCGACAUCACCGAGUUGCAUUUGGACGCCUUGUGCUGGGUGGGCGUAAUGGCACGAACACUAGAACGCAUCGCCUUCUUCACCGAAAACGCCCACGACGCGCUCACAUACCAAAACCACAUCCGCGGCGUCAAAACCAACAUCGACACGAUACACUGGUCCAAAGAAUCAAACACCUACUGCGACGCCGUCGUACGCAACGACCUACACACCCACGCCUGCCACAAAGGCUACAUCUCCAUCUUCCCUCUCCUCACCGGCUUCACCGACGCCUCCCACCCCCAUCUCCCCGCCAUGCUAACCCUCCUCCGCGACCCCAACCACCUCUGGACCGACUUCGGCGUCCGCAGCCUAAGCCCCGAAGACGACGCCUACGGCAAAGACGACAACUACUGGCGCUCGCCCAUCUGGAUAAAUAUCAACUACCUCCUCCUCACCAACCUCCUCGACCUCGUCCAAAUCCCCGGUCCCUCACAGCAACGCUGCCGCGAAAUCUACAUCGAACUCCGCAGCAACAUCGUCCACACGGUGUUCAACUCGUACCUCCAAACAGGCUAUAUCUGGGAGCAAUACGACCCUGUUAAAGGUGCUGGACAACGUACCCAGCACUUCACGGGCUGGUCGGCGUUGGUGGUCAAGAUCAUGGCUAUGCCUGAUUUGGAGAGGGAUGAUGGCGUUACGGAGAAGGUGAAGGGGUAUUAUGAGGAGGCCAAGAAGCAGGCGGGGAUGAAUCAGAGGACGGGGGCGGGGAGUGUGGUGUUUGCGGUGGUGUUUAUGGGGUUUGUGUAUGUGACUAGGAGGAGGUUUGCGGGGACUUUGAGGGGGUUGCGGAGGGGGAAGUGA